GCGACUGGUGGCGAUGGAGUCCGAAACGGCCAUAUCGAGCGGGAAGAGCGUGGUCGAGACAAGGUUCGCUGCUUUUGGCAUUAUGCUGGAGGUCGAAUCUUCCGAGAUUCCGCGUGCGCGGAGCUUCGAAGCGGUCGGUCUUCUUCUUCCGCUUCCAGAGAGAGAGAGGCCCUCGCGCUCGAUCGCUCGCUCCUCGAGGACGUGCGGCGCGCGGAUGCGUCGUCGCCAUGGCACCGCACGGGCGAGAAUAUGCCCGCGACACGCUUUUUCUCCUCCUCGCUCGUCUCCAUCGCCGCCUCGAGGUCGAUGCUCGAAUCGAAAAAUUCCGAAUUCCCGAGAAUGAGAAGAGCUGAAUCGAACCUCUUCGUCUGCAACCUCCGCGCGCUCAAGAAGCGCGGUCGAGCGCUCGAGUGUUCAUUCUCCCAAUCUCUCAUUUUCUCGAUCUCUCGGUGGUGCUUCUUCUCUGCUCUUCUCGUCGCCGUCUUGAGCCAGCUCUGGCCGGAGAUUCCAUAGCUGGGCAUCGAUCGUCGCAUCGAAGGCCGGGAGGAGAGGCGACUGUGACUUCGCCGCGGGUGCGUCGUCGUCCAAAUCUUGGGUUCGGAAGUGGGGGCCAUCGCUGUGCAUUUAUGAUUCAUUUCUGUGUCUCGCCCGGCGCUGCGUCCAUGGCCUUGAUUCAACUUUAGUUCCACCUGGCAGGCACGUCGCUGCAUGGCCUGAGCGGGGGCGAGAUGAGGCGCGAUCGAGGGCGAAGGCUUAGCCAGCAAGAUCCACAACGAAAAGCGUGGGACCCACGCGCGCAAUUAUCUGGCAAGCGGGCUCUAUAAGCGGGCGGAAUGCCAAAUCGACGUCGUUGCUGCCAGUCAUGAGCAGACGGGAGGGCAAAGAUCCCUGUGCUCAGAAGCAGAUGUGCGAGCACCGAACCAUAGCCGGGAUGGACGACGCCCCGCUAGUUUGUCGGAUUGGACCGGUCGCGGCAAUUCUCUCGGCCAAGACUUAUCCUGACCUGCGCUCGUGCUGCUCGGCGAAGUCGGGAAUUUGAAUCUGGAACUGCGGAAGGCCUCAACCAAAGGCAGCGUUGCGUGCCUUCCUUCGCUUGGUUCGGGUCGGCCGACGGGGAUGGAAUGCCAAGGCAGUGGGCGCGGGCGGGCGGGCUGACUGGCCGACCGACCGACCUCUCAUGGUAGGGUUGGUUCGUUACGGGGUUCGAUAGUAGCUAGCGGAAGAAAGCAAUGUUUGGUUGUCCCUCCCGGCAGGAGCUACGCACGCCCUAUCGGUGGUACAAUUUUAUAUCCGGGUGAAAUGUCUCCGUGACACGGUGACAGCUGCUGCAACGGGGUGGAAAGCCGAACGGGGUUGUAGUUGUUGUUUUCCGCUGCGUAGCGUUGCGUCUGGUUCUGGGGAAGGAGAUCGACGAAGAAGACGUAAGGGGAACAACCAGGAUUUGAUUCUCUUUAAUCGAGGGGCGGGCCUCGAAGCAGGUCGAGAGAAUAGCAGGCUGGCUGUAAGGAACAGAUGAGAUGAGAUGGGAUGAGAUGUUUGAAGAUCUUCGGGAUUGCCGCUUCUGCCUGUGUGUGGAUGUCUGACCUGACACCAGAAAAGACGGGGCGAGUUUCGUAUCUUUUUUUUCUGUCGACUUGUCUUGGUGCAAAUUGCUGAGGUGAGCCGAUCCCAUCGUAAAGGAAAGAUGAAGUUAAUCGCGAACGAUGUCGUCGAGGACAGUAUCACAGAGGAGGAGAAGGUAAAAGGAGACGGUUCAUCUGUUACUGCGAAUCUCCCAUCGUUGCUAGAAGGGCUGCCAGACUCGGUUGCGCUGCAAUGUCUGGCCCGAGUACCUUUGCACUAUCAUCCGACCUUGCAGGCAGUCUCUCGAUCUUGGCGGUUGGCGGUCCAUAGCUCUGAGCUGUUCCGCACCCGAAAGCUUGCAGGGAUUGGGGAGGAGUGGCUCUAUGUAAGUGCCUAUGACCCGGAUGGAUUGUGGCAAGCUUAUGAUCCCCUUUCGGACAGCUGGACAACUUUGCCAUUGUUACCCUCCCGCAUCAAGCACCUGACAAAUUUUGGAACAGCAGCGGUGGAUGGUAAGCUGUACGUGAUUGGUGGUGGAAGUGACGAUGUGGAUUCACAAACUGGAGACCACAACGCCACGACAGCCACAAGUGAAGUCUGGAGAUAUGAUCCAGUUACGCGGAAAUGGGAGCAGAGAGCUAGUAUGUUGACAGCCAGGUCUCAGUUUGCAUGUUGUGUUUUGGGUGACCAAAUAGUAGUUGCCGGAGGCUUUACCAACACCAGGAAAUCACUAGCUUCAUCGGAGAUAUAUAAUCCGGUGGAAAACUUGUGGGAGCCUAUGGCGGAACUUAGCUUGGUUCACAACGCCGCUUGCUCAGGAGUGGUGCUUGAGGGCAAAGUUCAUGUGGUACACAAGGGUUACGGUCUUCCCCAAGUGUACGAUGCCAAGGAGAACAAGUGGACAAGAUCUGAUUGUGAAUGGUCGUGGGGCAAGAUGGCUGUAGUGAACCAAGAAUUGUAUGUUGUGCGCCACGGGUUUGUGACCAGGGAGCAAAAGCAACCACCUCUCAGGAAAUUACUUUGUUCAUGGCCCGACUGUUUGGACCGAAUCAGUUUCGGAGUAAUAGGUCUUGGGACCGACCUUUAUGUGAUUGGAGGGAUCAUGGCACCACGACCACAUGCGUUAGAUAUUGUUUCGCUUUAUGAUGUUGACAUUUGUAAUGUAGGUGAUGAGAGCCCCAACUGGCGCAAAGGUGCCAGUAUGACGGUAUCCCGCGGUACUGUUCUUGGUUGUGCUGUACUCAAACUCUGAUCAGCCACCUUCGGCACGGGCUGAUUCUCUGGCCGAGAUGUACAACAUUUUUCAUACUUUUCGCUCUUUCUGUAGAUCGCGAAUGAAGGGAAAGAGAAAAGAAGAAGGAGCAAGAAGAAAGGGUUGUAUAUUGGUAUAAUUGUCAUCUACUUGCUCAAUAUCGAGCUGUGUAGUGUGAUCUUUGUUUAGCCGUCACACCAACCAUCUCCACAAUUUGGUGUGAUCGUCGCCAAAGAUGGAAGGAGGUAUUGCUUUAGCUGCUGAACGCGUUUCUGUUAUGUACCCGCAUUUGAAGAAGAGAUUGAGCAAGACAGACAACACCCACACACCUUUGUUCUGCAAACUCUCAGAACAUAGGGUAGUCAUUGGCAGAAGCUAGCCAGGAGCUUAUCCUACCUUCUGAGGGCAUACAAAUGCUAGACCUAUUAAUGCAGUAGGAAGAGUUAUCAACUUGAUUAAAAUGAAAGGAUAUGGUUGGCUCGAGAUCCUUGAUGGUUUAACAACUGCUUCUGAGGUUUUCCAACAUGGGUUUUCAAGUAUAGCAGUUUGCCCAGGGUGUUGAUUGUCAUGGAAAACAAGACUUGACUGCCGAGUCUACAUUGCAGGAACGAAUAACGCUGUGGCUCCAUGUCUUUCUUAAGCAAGCUUCUAUGAAAUGACUGUCUUGACUGCUCUCAGACCUCGACCGCCCUUGCGCGUCUGGUUACCAGCAAGUGAUUGCCGAUUGCAUUUCGCAGCUCUCAAACUGGCUGGUCAAUGCAGCUUGUCAUGAAUCAAUUUCCAG